AUGCAUUAUGGAGGACUAAUAGAUAUGAACUCUAACCUCCUCCAGCAAGAAGACACCUCCCCUCAGGAGCACCAAUCUUUUCUAGAACUGUCUUCCCAAAUUUUGCUAUCUAGUCCAAUCUUGGAGCCCAAGGAUCUCAUAUCACAGGAUCCAAAUACUAGCCCUUGUAUUCAGUCUCUAGAUCUUAAACCUGACACCCAACCAGAAAAUCCAAAUCUGCUAAUAUCCUCAACAGAUCAAUCAAUGGAGUCUAUAUAUAAGAGACAUUAUGAGACUUUGGGGAGAGUCCCUAGAGAUCUUAAUCAAGCACUUUUCAAUCCUAGAAGCUCAGAUGAACCUGAAAACAUUUCAAACACUCUUCAAGACAACAUGGAUAGCAGUAACUUUUUUAAUGUGAUACCCAACAACAGAGAGGACACUGAAAAGAACAGCCACUCUGAGUUCCAGUCACCUCCCUGUAGUUCCAAUGCAUUCUCCCUAAUGAUGGCAGAUUCUGAACACAACCCUUCCACCAGUGGAUACAGCAGUGAACAGCCAGCAAAAGCAAGAACUCAGAAAGACCUGAUUAGGACCCUGAAAGAGCUGCGGUCAUUUCUGCCCCCAGAAAAGAAAGGCUGCAGCAAAUCCAGUACUGCUGCGUCACUCAGAUAUGCUCUGCGCUGCAUCCAGCAGGUCAAAGCAAAUGAAGAAUAUUACCAGCUGCUGAUGGCUAAUGAUAAGCAGCCAUGCAGACUGGAUGUGUCAUGCUACACCGUCCAUGAGAUAGAAAGCAUCACCUCUGACUACACAAGAAACAACACAGAUGUGUUUACUGUGGCAAUAUCCUUAGUCACUGGGCGGAUCCUAUAUAUUUCGGAGCAAGCUUCAAUGGUCCUGCGCAGUGGGAGAGAUUUGUUUUCACAAGUUCGGUUUGUGGAACUUGUGGCACCACAGGAUGUCAGUGUCUUCUACAGCUCCACUAAUCCAUACAGACUGCCAUCUUGGAGCCUAUGCAAUGGACCAGACUUGGUGUCUAUGGAGAGUUUGGAGGAGAAAUCAUUUUACUGCCGAAUCAGCUGUGGACGGGAGUCACAUAAAGAAAUCUGUUAUCAGCCCUUCCGUAUGAUGCCAUACUUGAUCCGUAUGAAGGAUGGAGAUAACAUGGAGGAGCAAUUGUGUUGUGUUCUGUUUGCAGGGAGGAUGCACUCUGGGUAUGAAGCCCCACGGAUACCAGCAGAUAAACGUAUCUUUAUAACCACCCACACUCCAAGUUGUCUAUUCCAGGAUAUAGAUGAGAGAGCUGUUCCCUUGCUGGGGUAUCUGCCCCAGGAUUUGAUUGGCACUCCUAUAAUUCUGCAUUUGCAUCCCAGUGACCGACCACUUAUGAUUGCUAUUCAUAAGAAAAUUCUCCAGUAUGGAGGGCAGCCUUUUGAUUCCUCUCCAAUGCGAUUCUGUGCCCGUAAUGGGGAAUACAUCACCAUAGACAGCAGCUGGUCCAGUUUCAUAAACCCCUGGAGCCGCAAAGUGUCCUUCAUCAUUGGAAGACACAAAGUCAGAAUGGGUCCUGUUAAAGAAGAUGUCUUCUCUGCUGCCCCUUGCACUGAGAAUCGGUCAAUGCAUCCUGAAAUUCAGGAAAUCACAGAGCAGAUCUAUCAGAUCCUACUUCAGCCUGUCCAUAAUAGUGGCUCAAGUGGAUAUGGCAGUCUGGGCAGUAACGGAUCCCAUGAAAACCCGUUAAGUGCAGCAUCAUCCAGCGACAGCAAUGGAAACCUUAAUGAGGACAUGAAGGACAAGCAUACGACUUCUCUUGAGCAAGCUGCUGAGAUUCAGGUGAACAGUGGUCUUGAAUUUAAAGAUCAACAAGAGCUUGAGAAAUCCCCACAAUCAGGUUACCAUUCUGUAGCUAGUACUGACAAACAAAACACUGUGCAAGAAACAACCGGAGGAUUUAUGCCCUCUCAGGGCAAAGAGUUGCCAGUAAUGAAGCCGUCCUAUUCCUACCAGCAAAUCAAUUGUCUGGACAAUGUUAUUAGAUACCUAGAGAGUUACAGCAUCCCAACAACAAGUAAACGCAAGAGAGUUCCAACUGGCAACAAUAUCUCUUCUGCUUCAGAUGACCAGUUACAGACACAGAGGCAGAAUUUAAAGCUACAAGCCAGGAACCCAGACUUUGUGACAGGGUUAGGACUAGAUACCCAAUCAGUCUUACAGCCUUUACACAAGAUGAUUAAUUCUAUACCCCAGUCAACAUUCACCCCCUUUUCUAAGCCAGGUCCUAUCCAUAGCACUGCUUUUCUUCCCAUGAGUUUAUCAAAGUCCACACCCUGCACAUCCCCCCCAAAAGUGUCUGUGCCUGAGUCUGAUCCUGAACCUGCACCAACACCAGGAUCUGUUUCCUGCCUGUCCUUCAGCUCCCAGACUGUGCCAGUUUGUGCUCCUGACACCACUCUCACCAGCCUCUCCAUGGACCCAAAGCCAGAGAGCGUGGUGUCCUUCACCAGCCACUGCAGCUACAGCAGCACAAUUGUACAUGUUGGGGACAAGAAGCUGCAACAAGAGACAGAGCUGGAGGAUUAUUUAGCAUCAAUGGACGUUCCCUCGCCUGCUCCUGGCACGGCAGAGAAGAAGUCAUUCAAGCAGUUGGGACUAACCAAAGAUGUGUUGGCAGCUCACACUCAGAGAGAGGAGAAUGAUUUCCUUACUGGCUUUAUGGACAUGAAGAAACUUAGUGACUUCCACACCCGGUGUAACAGCUACCUACAUGAGAGGCCUAGAGCCCCCAAUACGGCUCUAGAUCGUGCACCUAAUACUUUAUGGAAAAAAAGUGGGAAGACUCGAAAGCCCAAAGCAAAGCGUGUAUGUCCAGAGUCAUGGGACAGCAGCAGUUCUGGCCUCGCACAGAUACCUCGUUGCCCCCUUCCUGGUCUCAACACUACAGCUUGGUCCCAAUCAGAAACCUCUCAUGCCAGUUAUCCUCCAUACCCUAUUUUGCCUGCAUAUUCUAUUCCUAUUAUCCCUCCACCACAGAUGCCAGUGCCAAAUGAAACACCACAUGAGCCUCUAUCCAGCACUUGCCCCAUACCACCUUUCCCAAAUCCAAUGCUUCCUCCUAUGGUGGCUGUUAUGCUGCCUAACUAUAUGUAUGCCACUAGCAUUCCACCUAAUAUUCACCCAUUGACAACGGCACAACCUAUAAUCUCUGUUCAACCACCCUCUCUCCCUAAUCCUCAACCUACCUUUCCAGUUACAAAUACACCCUUUACUGUUCUGCAACCUACGUUUCCUGUUGCACAGCCUAUAUUUCCCUUUCCUCCGCCUCCAUUUCCAGUUCUGCCACCAUUACAUACACCACUGCCAUCACAAAACCUGGCUGAGCCUUUAACUAAUCCGCUUCCCCCUGUCUCAAAGAACAUGAAGACCCUUUCCUGCUCCUCUCUUCCUCGGAAUCCCCUAUCUCCUCCUCUCUUCCAGUCUCGCUGCAGCUCUCCAUUACAGCUCAAUCUACUGCAGUUAGAGGAGACACAGAAAGAAUGUACAGAUGGGAUUAUAAGAAAUGUGUACAGGGGAAUGCCAGUCAGCAAUGUUGUAGCAUCUCAAUCCUGCAAUGAAUUUGAAACAGUCCAUCCCCAGCCUGGAUCUUCUGCAGUUGCUUACACAAGUGAAGCUUUGUCCACCUGCAGUGACCUGCUUGACCUCCUUUUGCAGGAAGAUGCAUCUUGUGGGACAGAGUCUGCUUGCUCUGAUUGUCUUACAUCUGGAUCCCAUGGACCUGAAACCACUGAUAGUCAAACGGGGAGCAGCCUGACUAGCUGUAGUAGCAAGUACUUUGGCAGCGUGGAUUCAUCAGAGAACAUUCAACAACAAGUAGUUCAAUCUCUCGAGAGCAAAAGCAUGAAUUAUAUUCUGCAGGACCCCAUGUGGCUGGUCAUGGCCAACACAGAUGAAAAAGUAAUGAUGACAUACCGGAUACCACAAAGAGAUCUAGAUGUAGUUCUACAACAGGACAGAGAGAAACUAAAAUCAUUGCAGAAGCUCCAACCUCAUUUCUCUGAGUUGCAGAAGGAGGAACUGGGGGAAAUCCAUCCCUGGAUACAUAAAGGAGGAUUGCCACAGGCCAUAGAUGUAAAGGUGAGUGAUGGAUGAGGUGUUUUAUUCCCAUUUGCUAAUAAUAUUUAAAGUAUAUUUUCCUUUACACUGUACAGUAAUAUUAGUUAAU